CUCGGAGUAUGAUGCACCCAGUCAGCAAAAAUGAUUCGAGUCCUAAAAUUUCCUGCAUAUACGAUACACCCUGUGAUCCCAAGGAUAGUCAAUAUGAGAAGUUGUUUUGUCCCAAUAACGAAUUGUCAGAACCACCCCGGACGAGAUGCGAUCGUUUGAAAACGGGUUCCUCUUGUCAGGCCCUUAAACAUGCCGUGGCAGCCCUACACCGACUCGAUGAUUUUUACACGGAAAAAAUCGGGUCAGGGUUUUUCUCUGAAGUUUUUAAGGUAACCCAUCGAGUGACGGGCCAAGUAAUGGUCCUAAAAAUGAACCAGCUCCGAUCAAACAGACGGAACAUGCUUAAAGAAGUGCAACUGAUGAAUCGUUUGUCCCACCCCAAUAUUCUCAGGUUGAUGGGGGUGUGCGUCCACGAAGGCCAGCUGCACGCUUUAACCGAGUUUUGCAACGGCGGCUCAUUGGAUCAGCUGAUCCAGAACAGGUCCGUGCAACUUCCACAGUCGACACGGCUCACCAUCGCUCACGAUAUGGCCUGCGGCAUGGAAUAUUUGCACUCCAAGGGCAUUUUCCAUCGGGACUUGACCAGCAAGAACGUUUUAAUAAAAGUGGAAGCCGGCCAUCGACAGGCGGUCGUUGGCGAUUUCGGUCUGUCUACCACCAUUCCCGACCCCACGAGCAAGACGAAAUUGUGCACGGUCGGCUCGCCAUAUUGGAUGUCGCCCGAGUGCCUCAAGGGACAAUACUAUGACGAGCGAAGCGACGUGUUUAGCUACGGCAUAGUGCUGUGCGAGCUGAUCGCGCGCGUCGAAGCGGAUCCCGAUCAGCUACCCCGAACGGAUAACUUUGGUCUCGAUUACUUGGCCUUUACGGAACUGUGCGGUCCCAACGUUGUACCUGACUUUUUGAAAUUAGCGUUUAGGUGUUGUACCAUAGAACCGAAAAGUAGGCCCACUUUCGCCGAGAUCAAGAAUAUCCUGGCAGAGAUCCUGUCUGACACCAACCGCGUAGGACCCGAGAAAGAGGUGGGGAGUAUCGCCAGUUGCGUCGCGAAGAGCGAAGAACAGCUGGCGGUGACGUCGGUGUCGCCUUCCUCCGCCCCUCCGCACAGGAAGAACUUCCAUCGGCGAUCGCUCUCCGAGGACGUGUCGAUGCUAGCGAUCUCGAUGCUGCUGACGCCUAGCGACAAGGCACGACGCCACGCCCUCACGAUGUGCCGCCAGGACCCCCACUACAAACCUCGCACGUCCAAUCCGUUCGCUUCGCUCACCCAAUUUCGCGGCGUCAAAAAGUUCCUCGGUAAUUUCUCCUCCUGCUGCGAACUGCCCACGCCUUUUAUUGAGACCGCCGCCGCCGAAUCGCCCAAAUCGCUACCCGGUUCCCCCACCACCGUACGAAAAGCUACCAAGAUAAGGUCGCCGUUGUUCGUCAACCCUCUGUACAAGGGCGGUUCGAGCUCGAACCUGUCCGAACUCGGUACCAACGAGGUACCGGCCGCCGCGCUCAGACGUCGCGGUUCCUGCGAGUCCGGUUUCUAUUCGAGCGUCGGCGAGUGUUUGUCUCCAAGCAGCCUGUUCGGCGACAGCGGUACCGCCGUCAGCUCCCUCAGGUCAUUGGACGAGUUGGAACCCGAACUCCAAGCGCUGUGCAAACGUGCCUCCUCGAUAUACACCGACAGCAACGAGGACCUGUCGAGCCUUACGGGUUCCGAGUGGGGCCAAGACCUGCAACCCAGCAUAUCGACCAUCGUCGAUUAUUUCGAGAAGAAGGGGGCGACGUUACGUCAUCCGGGCGGCGUCAGGGGCGGUCUGCAAUUGAACUCGAGGAUCGCCGCGUUGCGCCGCUCGUUGGAGAAGCAAAAUGUGGCGGCGGCGUCCGCCUCCUCCACGUCCGCGUCGUCCUCGCAGCUGGCGCACGCGCAGAAACCGAAAUGCUCAAGGCUCGUCGUUUGCGAGGGCGCCGUCCGAUCCAAGUUGCCUCUGUUCGAUAAAAAGUAGCGCCGGCCGGACCCCGCCUCCUCGUAGAGGUUCUAGUCACCCGUCGUGACGCCACGCAGCAGCAGCAUCAGCGAGGCCUAACGGAGGAGGAGUUUGUGCGAGUGUGAGUGUAUGAGUCGUCCUGUAAAUAUUUUCUGCGGUUUUAACCUGUGUCGUAAAGUCUGAAAUUGUUACGUGUAAAGGGUGCGAUUCACGUCGAGCGCGUCGCGAUGUCGUUUUGAAAUAUUUCCGCAGCUGCAGCGUUGCCAGUUUAACAGACGACAAUGUUGGAUAUUCGAAAGGAAGGCCACUUCUUUUAACUUAUCCCAAUGUCCGUCUCUUUUGCACGCUUCUGGAAUAAUCAAUUUUAAAAAUGUACAGAUUAACCCUUUCAGCCCUCGGUUCCUUCAGAUGUCUGGAAAAAUGAUUUUUGUACUGUAAAUUGUUUACUACCAUCUCAGAGAUAUCUAUAAAAAAUGUUGCUCCAUUUGAUAUACGCUACUACACACAUAAACUAGUAAGUGGAAGUGGAUUAUGACUUCAUAUGAAAGAGCUUCUUUGGUGGCCGAUACAUAGAGAUACUAGACAUUUUUGUCUCUAAAUUACUGCAUUGCUUUUGGUCAAUACCAUUGAAUCUAGACUGUAUUCAACUCUCUUUUUAUAUCAUGUGAUUCACUAGUAUGGGUAUUAUCAUUGGAAGAAAAGGAGUGAUAGCAAUCAUCGCCUGAAGUGUCAUCUGGCGCGUCCUCUUGGAUGUGCUUCCCUAGCGCUACUUUCCUUCUCUAUAUUGUUUGUUUUUGGAUUUGCAUAGGAGGAAUACCUCUACAAAAAAAAAAACAUGACCAUAUUUUAUUUUAGGGACGAUGUGAUGGUGGCAAAUGCGUGUAGCAAUUUGAAAGGGUUAAAUUUAUCGAAUACCUUGGAUAUCUUGAAAAUAAUUUUUAUUGUUAUUGCGUUAUUGCACGCUUGAACCAACACCAACAGGUGAUAUGUAAAAACGAGAGGGAACGGAAUGCCUAAAGCGACCUCAAGCCGAGAGUAGUAGAAAUAAGUUCGAUAAAGUAAAUAUUUCAAUAUGAUGCCAAUUGUCACCCUUAAAUAAAUAUUAAUAUUUUAUUUAUAUUUGUAUAUUUAUAACAAUAUUUUUAUGUGUUCUUUUAAUUUUAUUAUAGGAUAUAUGAACGUAAAAAAUUUUCAAGAAUAUUCAAAACUCAUUAUUCUCAACUACUUUCAAACAUCAAGACAACAGUUAAAUACUCUUAAAAUUAAACAUCAAGUAAAAAAAAAACUUAAACAAUGUAGAGUGUCCCAAAAAACAUUUCUGAAAAAAAAUCCUAACAGUAAAAACACAUUUUUUUAAAUGCAACCCUACAUAUUUGACAUUUUUAUCGAGAUAAUUUAUCUACACACUCUCCAGAGUUUCUUAGGUUUGAGUGACUAAAGGUAUCCACGUAAACAAGAUUUCUGUAAUGCAUUUUUUAGCUAGCUAGGUUACGACUUGCUUAUGUUGUAAGUCGCAUUGGACAGUUUUGAAUAACAAAUGAAUAUUGAAAUCUUGAUAUUUCAAAACUUGUUUUACAUAUUGUCCAUUUGUUGAGUGAUUUUCCUUGCUUUAAUUGAAACUCUUUUCCGAUAUCAUAUAGUUUUGGUUAGGGGCUAGGUAAAAUUUACGAGAGAAAACUUUUUUAUAUCUAUUUUUGAAAAAAGCAACAUUCUUCAGUCACUAGAACAAUUCUCAUAGUCAACCAGAUGGUCGGUAUAACUCGCCGGAUGAGCUGUUUUAAGAAGAUGCAAAUCUCCUUCUUUGACCUUAUUUCUUAAUUAAGUUUCUAGUCCCCUUGGUGUGUGUAUAAGUAUUUAAAUAUGACUCCCUAAUAUUUUUGGUAUUUUCUCAUAGAGGUUGUGAGUCUCAGCAUCUAUUUCUAGCACGUUCAGGCCAAAAAUUGCUUCAGCCUAUAAGGGCUCAUUGUUUUGAGGCGUAGGAGCCAUUGCCCUUUGAGUGGUGGCAGGCUUUGGAAUCGCUGCUUCUCUGUUGGAUUUGCCAGAUUACGGUUUGUUACCUAUGCGCUAGUUUCUCCACCUCCUGCGCUGAAUAGGUUUUCUUCUUUUGUGGUUAUUUCAUUUCGAAGAAUUUUUUCUUUUAUCUAGUAGAAAUCUGAUAGUUUUAGAGUUCUAGUUCUCAUUCUAUAGUCUAUCAGCCGGACGAUCAACAUUUUGUAGUGUUGGGGUUGCAUUAAAAACGAAUAUGAGAUUUUCUUGUUGCCACACUGUUUUCAGAAAUCUAAAUUUUUGGGGCAUUCUGUAUGAAUAUGUUAGCCAACCCCUGUAAAAUUUUGAAACCGAUAGCUAACUGUGAGAUAGGAGGUAUUCAUGGUGUGCCAUUUGGAUUUCCAAUGUUGUUGCCUGUUUCAGGUUGAAUUAGCAUUGCAGCAAAUGCCUAAAUAUUUCUAAAAAAGGUUAACGUUGCAGAUGGUAAUUUUUAGUUUAGCGAAAGCGGCGUUGUCGGAUUUGCCUAACGGCUCUUACUGCUAUUGACAAAAAGGUUAUUGAUAUCUCAUUUAAAUUUUGAAGCCGAAAAAAGCCCAAUUUUUUCAAUAUAAUAAACGCCUUUUCAUAAUUUUUGUCCCGAUUGCCCAAUAAAUUUGCCCACAAAAACUACUGAGUAAUUAACUUAAAACAAACAAAACCUUCCAUGGCUUUCUCGCAUUCUUUGCGAUCAAUGAAUUUAUGUUUUACGAAAAAGUUAUUGGUGUCUUUAAAGUUGUAAUGAAAUACAGGGUGUUGGUAUUAAAAUAAGAACAAGUUUUCGCUGGUAGUAAAUUGACAUUUCUACAUAUCUACCUGCAUCGUCGAAGCUAUGGAAAAAAAACGUAAUAUCUGCUUAAUUAUUGGUAUUUUAUUUUCAAAGACUAUAAAUGAAGGUUAUUUAAAAUAUUGUGUUCAAACCUGGUAAUAAAGUAUCGAAUAUUUUGAAACCAAAUUUGAGUUGCCAGUCUGUAGAACUUUCGGUAGCACACUCGGCGGGAACAACCCUUUAUAAGUUAAGUUACGAGUUCCUUAUAAUCAACUGGAGGGGAUUAAGUGUAGUUUCGGCGUGAAAAGUCACUUUCCUUAAUCGCAAAACGGUAAUUAUUACAGUUACUGGUUUUGUAUAUUAGCGACUUAUUGAUUUAAAAGUGUAUUUUGGUUUCUCUUAUUAAUAAACUCGGAUGUUGAUAAU